AUGAAUAGCUGCGAUGAUAAAAAAGCUGAUGCACUCAGCAUCCUCAAAAGGUCGAAGGACAAAAACUGGGAACCUGAUGAAGAAGCAUUGAAGGAAGUCCUAAUGUCUGAAGAAGUGAAAGAUAAAAAGUGCUUAGCCACUAAAAUUUCUUCGUUGAAGGUAAUGUCAGUCAGUAUUGCUGGCCCGUGUCGUUGCGGGAAAAGCUUCUUGUUAAAUCUCCUUCUGAAGGUUGUCCACGCAGUGGAGCAGGGUUUUUGUGGAAACGAAAAUACGAUAGUGCCGAGCAGUAAUUCAGGAUUUAGUUGGAAAGGAGGAUCGAAGAAGGAGACCUCAGGGAUAAAUAUGUGGUCCAAACCUUUUUUGUUGAAGAAUGUAGAAGGCGAAGAAAUUGCUGUUUUAUUGAUGGAUACUGAAGGCUUUUUUGAUGCAAAGUCUACCUGGGAAGACUGUGCAAGAAUUUUCGCGCUAUCAAAUUUAAUAUCUUCUGUACAGGUCUACAAUCUCAGAGGAGCAAUUCAACAAGACUUUCUCAAGCACAUAGAAAUAUUCGGUCAAUACGGCUUACAUGCAAUAAAAGAGAAAAGGGCUAAACCAUUCCAGAAUCUAUUGUAUUUGGUACGAGACUGGACUUUUGAAUUUGAGCACAGUUAUGGGUUUGACGGGGGCGAAUCAUAUCUAAAGGAAUUUACCGAGGUAACGAGCGUUUCUAGUAUUUUAAAAACGAGUUUUAAUGCAAAAUCGAGCAGUAUGAAAAACUCUUCGCCAGAAGUUCAAGAAAUCUGUAGAAAUAUAGAGCAUUGCUUUGAAUCGUCUUCCUGCUUUUUAAUGCCGUACCCAGGUCCUGAAAUUGCUGGAGCUAAAGAACCAUCUAUAUCUUUAGUGAGUAUGGCUAUAUGUAUUCAGAAAUCCACAAGUUUAUUCAACUGUAAUACCGUUCCACCGCCAAAGGCAUUGUUUGAGGUAAUUGGAGAAGUCUUAUUCGAGAAGGUUUUUCAAGACUGCAAGGAAAUAUACACAGCAGAGAUGGUUAAGUUUUUAAAACAGCGAGAAGAGGGAAAAGAAAAUGCAAAUUUAGAGGAUCUCUACGUCUUGCACACGAAGACGACGGGUAAGAAAAAACCUGUUGUUGAAUUAAAAGAAAUAAGUGACUGUGCAAAAGUUCGCGUUCUGACUGAAUUUGAGACCUGUGUUGGAGACACAAAAUGCGAAGCUUCGGAAACAUAUCGUCAGCAGCUCGUAAACUUCAUUAAGAGUGAACAUAGAAAGGCAAAGUCAGUCAUAUAUAAUAAUGUUGAGAAAGUUCAGAAACUUGAAAUCCUGCUUAGCAAGGGCAAGGAGUAUUACAGCCGGCAAAUGGAGCAACAUUCAGAACAAAGUAAUAUAGAAACGUCAAGCUUGAGGGAACAAACUGAGCCGUCAAAAGGAAGUAUAAGCGAUGAUGAAUUAAAGAAUGUUCACGAAAAGAAAAAGUGUGAAGCUGUUGAAGAGUUCAAAGAAGAUAUUGAAGCAACUGCUUGUGGAUUACCUGCACAUUGGAUUAAAGAUCUGGAGCAAAUCAUUGAGGAGAAAUAUCAAAAGACAGUGGAAGUUAUACAAGAAAAUGCUCGCAAUCUUGAGGAAGUUGAAAAUACAUUAAUUAAGUGCAAAAAUUUAUAUGUUUUUGAAAUAAAACAGCGUGCGAAAGAAGGUUUGAGUGAGGCUGAACUAGAAAACUUGCAUAAAGAAAAGAAGUCGAAAGCCAUAGAAGAAUUUCAAAGAAAAGUGAUUAUGAUUGUCGAGGGGUCACCAAAGGAGUGGAUUAAAGAUUUGGAUGAAUUAAUUGAGCUUUUACUUGAGUAA